UGUAGAGAGAGAGAGAGAGAGAGAGAGAGAGAAAGAGAGAGUCUGUAGCCUGUAGUACCCAUAUCAGUUUCUCUCUCAUAUUUAACUGGUCUUACAUUUUACUGUAAACCAUCCUCUCCUAUGCUUCAACUCUCAAACAAAACCAUCUUAACAAGUCCUUAGUCCUCACUACACAGCUAUACACAUAUAUUAUAUAUACAUGUAUAUAUAUAGAUAUAUGUAUAUAUAGUUGUGGCUUACCUCCUUCCACUACCAAGUCUACCAUCCAACAUACUAGACUGAGCAUUCUCAAAUCAAUGGCUAAUUCAGGCCUUACCACCUUGUUUUAUUUACUCAUAUUGUUUGCUCCUACAUUUUGCAGCUCAAGCUCCGAUUUUAUUCAGCCGGAGUGCUUGAAAGUUCCCAUGUCGGAGUUCGUGAGUUCGUUGAAAUCGACGAUCGACACAGUCCAACAAGUCACCUCCAUCGUAUCCCAAUUCGCCGGAGCAUUCGGCGAUUUUCGCCUCUCCAAUGCCAUCUCCGACUGCCUCGACUUGCUCGAUCUCUCCUCUGACGAACUCAGCUUGACUCUCUCUGCUUCUCAGAACCCAAACGGUAAAGAUAAUAGCACAGGUAAUUUGAGUGCUGAUCUGAGGACAUGGUUGAGUGCGGCACUCAUUAAUCAAGACACAUGCAAUGAAGGAUUUGAGGGUACCAAUAGUAUUGUCAAAAGUGUGGUUGUAGGAAGCCUCAGCCAACUAACCUCAUUAAUCACCGACAUCCUCACCAUGGUAAGCCAAGUUCCAGAUGCCAAAUCCAAAGGUGGUCGAGGUGGCGGCAAGAGUGGCAAGGGUGGCAAUGGUGGUGGUCAUUCAGGGAGGAAUCUUGAGGGAAAUGACCAUUUUCCUUAUUGGGUGAAACCCGAUGACCGGAAACUCCUGCAGGUGAAUGGGGUAUUCGCGGAUGUUGUAGUGGCUGCAGAUGGGACCGGGAACUUCACUAAGGUCAUGGAUGCAGUAGCUGCAGCCCCGGAUCACAGCAUGCGUCGCUAUGUCAUAUACAUCAAGAAGGGCGUGUAUAAUGAGUAUAUAGAUAUCACUAAGAAGAAGUGGAACCUUAUGAUGGUCGGAGAUGGCAUGGAAGUCACUGUUAUAUCUGGUAACCACAGCUUCAUUGAUGGAUGGACUACCUACCGGUCUGCUACAUUUGCUAUUAAAGGCCAAGGUUUUAUAGCUCGAGACAUGACAUUCGAGAACACGGCAGGCCCUCAGAAGCACCAAGCAGUGGCAUUCCGGUCAGACUCUGACCUAUCGGUGUUGUUCCGAUGUGCCUUUAGGGGUUACCAGGACACUCUGUAUGCACACUCAAUGCGCCAAUUCUACCGAGAAUGCCAAAUAACUGGAACCAUUGACUUCAUAUUUGGUGAUGGCACUGUUGUCUUCCAAAACUGUCAAAUUCUAGCCAGAAAGGGUCUGCCAAAUCAGAAGAACACCAUAACAGCUCAGGGCAGGAAGGCCCCAACUGAACCCUCAGGAUUCUCUAUCCAAUUCUCCAACAUAUCAGCCGAGGCAGAUGUAUUAGCUUCACUGAAUUCAACCCCUACGUACCUCGGGAGGCCAUGGAAGCUAUAUUCAAGAACUGUGAUUAUGCAAUCGUACAUGAGUAAUGCCAUUAGGCCUGAAGGGUGGCUAGAGUGGAAUGGAAACUUUGCUUUGGACACACUGUUUUAUGGUGAGUACACGAACUAUGGACCAGGGGCUGGCUUGAGUGGUCGGGUCAAUUGGCCUGGUUUCAAACCAAUAAACAAUUCGGCUCAGGCCAACAACUACACAGUGGCUCAAUUCAUUCUGGGAAAUUCCUGGUUACCUUCAACUGGUGUCAAGUACACUGCUGGAUUGGGGGUUUAAGCAAACAUAAAAAUAAAUAAAUAAUAAUUUUUUUAAAAAAAAUUGCUUCAUUAGUUAGUGUGUGUAUCUAUUCACCUGUUCUGGCUAUCUCAUCUUUGUUUUUUUGGGUUAUAGAGUUUGGUGCAGAUGUCAGUGUAAUCUGUGCUUAGCUAGAUGAGAAUUGAUUUGGAGUGACCCUGUUCUUUUGUAUUGCUUGUACUGGCUCUGAUAGGUAGAUAUAUUUCAUCAAAAUAUAUAAAGACUAUUUUGUUUGUGUACUUUUAAUCAAA